AAAAGAGGUAUUGCUCGAAGAAAUUUUAAAAGAAUUACUUCGAGCAAUACCUCUUUUAAUGGUACUUUUCUGUGGUUUUGGUUUCACUUAUUACAUGCUAUUACAAUAUGAAACUGUUUAUGCGACCCCAUUUGAAGCAUUGUUUCGCACAGCAUUGAGUCUAUUCGAUUUAGGAUAUGAAAGUCGACUUUAUAAUUCACCGACUGGUGUCAUGUAUUAUCCUGUCAUUUAUUUCGUUUUCAUCCUAACCGAAAUUAUUCUAACUAUUCUUAUUACAAAUAUGUUGAUUGGUUUGGCCGUGGGAGAAAUUCCAACACUGAAAAUACAGGCAACACUUCAACGGACUAAGAUGCUGUACGAACUCUUCUUUGAUUAUGAAAUUUUUCAUCUUCAAUUGAAAACAUUAGCACGAUGUCUUCUAUAUCUAUUCACAUGUCGUGCAUAUCAUCAACGUUCGAACUCAAGUAAUCAAUCACAUCGCAUCGGACUACCUUUCAGCCUGUGUGAAGUUCAUGUAAACGAUGAAAUCAACGAUGAUCAAUCAUUAGAUGCUGGAGGACCGGUAAAGAAUUAUUUCAAGGGGCUCCGAGAUACUAUUACAGAAGAUGAUAUUCAAAAAUUGAUCGUGGUUGAGAGAAAUUACAAAAAAUAUCAUAAAGAAAUACAUAAGGAAGAAGAUUAA